GUAGUGCCCGUUCAGUCAGUGGUCGUACGUUGAGCGUAAAAGUUGUGUUACGUGAGUAGUAUGAAACGGAUUUUUAUACGAAAAAGGCACGGUUAAAGGCUGAAAAAAAUAAACGGAAGUUCCGUGCGUGAUAUACGGAAGACAUGUGUUUUUGUGUUGAAUACUGCGGAGAAUCACGAAAUGUAGUGCAAGAAAAUUAAAUUUGCAAUUUUCGUAAAAAAAGGGUUUUGAAAAUUGAAUGAUUUUUACGUAGUUCAGUGAAGAAGUGCGAAAUUAGAAGUAAACAGCAAACUUCAGUGCUGUGCUACUGUAAAUAAUAUGAAAGAGCGUCGCGAUUUAUUACAAAGAAAUUAAAAUAUACUCGAAGAAGUAUGCCAAACUUCUCAGGCAUUGGCCGGAUGUAAUUUCCAUAAGCGUUGGAUUUCCUGUGUCGGACCAUUUGAGCGCUUUGUUUUUGUGUCGGUUUUGGUGCGCGGAGCAUACUUUUGUCGUCAAAAAAUUAAGACGUGUCUGGUUUUAAAUAAAAAUUGCAAAGCAACAAGAAUAAGUUUAUAAAAAUAAUAAUGGUUUAUAAUAAGAAAGAAUGAAAUUUGAUAAUGAAUACAGUUUUUUAGCGCUGGACCACAAUUUGGUGCAGUAAUGCUUACUUAAAGUGCUCACUUUAGUGAAGUAAACAAUUAUACACGAUUAUUUACGAGCCGCGUUGCGAAAGUGUUGAGAAAGUGCGGUAUGUUGUGCGUGUAAAUUAUUUGCUGACACUGAAAAUGUCAGUUGAGUGAGUUGCCAAAACCAGCCCGUGAGUUUAGUGACACAGUAUAAUAUAAAAUAGUGGUAGAAGUGUUGGAAAAGCGGUUGCUUUCCAUACGCCAAAAAACCUGUCGAUUAAAGCGACACAGCAAAAGCAAAAAAUAUAUAGCGAUUUGUAGGUAGUUGACGCUUUGUGCCACUGCCUGACUGUCGGCGCACAUUUUACCUGCCAAAACGAUAAGGAUAAUAAACGACAGAGAAAAGGCUGUCUGUGAUGCACGGCACAGUGGGUUGAAUGCGAAAGGCCGAGUGUUAAAAUUGGAAGCAAAAAUAUAAUAAAUGAGAGUGUGAGCAGAUAGUUAAAGCAAAUUGAAAACGUCAGUGUGUGUCAAAAUAAUAAUAAAAGAAAAAGAAAAAAAUAAUCAGCAAAUCAUCAACAAGUUCUGCUGACAAUCCUCAGAUUUUGCUGAUUACAAAAAAUAAAUCUUACUUGCCACAAAACAAGCAAAACCACCGCUAUAUAAAAAAAACAAAAAAGUGAUUUAUCCAUCAAGCCAUCAAGCGCAAACAGCAAAGUGCGACGAAGCAAAAUCAUCAAUGUGUACUAUCCACCUAUGCGGGCAUUGUCGGCACACUCGGCUGCUACUGAUUGUUUGCGGUUGCAUUUACUUGUCGUAAAUCACGCAAACCAAUUGUCGUCGUAGACAUUGCGCCAGACAGCAUGCAGCAAAAAGCGUAGCGUAGCGAAACAGUGAAUCACAGUGAACGACAAAACACAAAAGUUAUCGACUUCAAACAGUCGGUCAAUAAAAAAACGUUGACAAGCCGCGUGUGCAACGUUGCUACGUGAAAUUAAAUAUAUAAAACAAACAAAUCAAAUAAGAAGCGGCAGUGACGACGAAAAAAGACGCGUACUUUGCAUUUAUUUUGGCAUUUCGUCAGCAUUUACGCGUCCAACAACAAACAUGGCGGGCAAUAUCGUCAAAUGGUGGAAGCAUAAAAUACUCGGCGGCUAUAAACAAUUCUCAGUACAAGAAUGCACCACCGACUCCGAGGAGCUGAUGUAUCAUCAGGUGCGCGCCUCAUCCUCCUGCAGUGCCCCACCCGAUUUACUGAUGGUGAGCGAUCGUGAAAAUAAUAUACCGCUACGUUCGCCCGUAGUCAAUCUAAUUUCCACCACAACAACAACAACGGCGGCAGCGCAUCACAGCAGCGCCACUGUUGGCUGCAGCAGUGUGCAAAAACUUCAUCACAGUGCCAGUGGGCAACAACAACAAGCGUCACACCGUGAUCCCCACCAACAGCAACAACAACAACACUGCGCGAAGGAUGUCAGCAGUAAACAACAUUUGAAAUUGAGCAGCAAAAGUGCUGCCAGUAAAUUCAUUAAUGCAACACAGCAACAGUUGGCCGUUGGUAGUCAACAGCAACAACAACAUCAACAUCUUCAACAGGAUGAAAUUGAUGGGCAACAACCGGCAUCACAUCAACGGCACUCCUCACAUCAGCACGGCAAGGAGGAGCGCAUACGCUUGGAGGAGUUCACUUGCGACGUUUCCGUUGAGGGUGGCAAAUCCACACAGCCGCUACAGUUCUCCUUCACCUUCUACGACCUGGACGGGCAUCAUGGCAAAAUCACAAAGGACGACAUUGUCGGCAUCGUCUACACGAUAUACGAGUCGAUCGGCAAGUCCGUGGUGGUGCCACACUGCGGCAGCAAAACAAUCAACGUCCGUCUCACUGUCAGCCCGGAGGGUAAAUCAAAAUCAGCCGCAGCAGCCGCCGCUACAGCAAACGGUGGAAAGUUGAAGAAAACAGCCAACGGCGCUGGUGCCGGUAUAUUGGACACGGCGACAAAGUCCAAUGCCGGUCACGGACACGGUCACACACGUCGCCAACACCGCUAUCGGCCGCGCAAACUAAUUAAAUCGGAUGAUGAGGACGAUGACAGCAACAGUGACAAGGAAAAGGAUGUCGCAGCCGCGACGAAUGCUGCUGCCGCAACGGCAAGUGGCGCAUUGACGGCCACUAGCGUGGGUGCGCCGAUUGCAGGCGGCAAAUCAAAAGGUCAUUCCAGCAGCAGUAAGUUCAAUAAAAUGAAAGCCUCCGCUGUAGCGGCAGAGCAACAGCAAUUGUUGUAUCUACAACAACAACAACAGAUGGAAACGUGCAACGCGGCAGCGUCACAACAACAACAAACGUCACCGUACAUUGACGUGUCAGCCGCCAACUGCCCGCACGAGAAUCUCUAUGAGAAUAUGACGACGACGACGAGUCUGAAAUGUUGCACUAAGGAAACGUUGCUGAAAAUCGAAGACUGUCGCGGCUGUGAGACGACAGUGACAAGCGCACCGAUUACACCGGCGGGCUAUGUGCGCUCCUCGACGGAUGUGUACAUGCGACAGGCGUCGACGCGCGUCAAAAUGCUGCGAAAGGCACGCAAGCAAAAGUUUCAGGACCAUUGCCAUGAAACACGCCAGCGUAGCCUCUCCGUCGGCAGCGAAGCUUGCUGGUACAAUCGGCACAUGCAACAACAGCAACAGAACAAAUUGGAACAGUCCCAACAGCAGCAGCAACAGCAGCAAUUAGGUGAUGUUGUCGAUGGCGUUCAGCUACGUAAUCCACAGAAGAACAGCACCAGCGCCACGGCCGCCUCGUCCGUGUUGGCUCAACGGCAGCGCAACUCCGCUGAAUGCUGGAAGACCGCAUUGAAUCGCAACGACUUGAUGAGCAUUAUACGGGAGAGCAUGGAGAAGAAUCGUUUGUGUUUUCAGAUGAGCGGAAAACCUCAAGCAAAUGUGAGUCCUAUAAGGCAACCACAACUUCAACAUCAACCGCCUCACAGUCAGCAGCAGCAGCAGCAGCUGCAACAACAACAGCGCUCAAAUACUGUGUCGAAAAUACCGACACUAAUUGCGAACCACAGCAAUGCCAUUAUCAACCACAGCAGCAACAGCAACAACAACAACAAUACCCACAACAACAACAACCAUCACCAUCAUCAACACAGCCCCAACAACAGUCACAGUCACAGCAACAGCAGCAGUCACAGUCACAGCAGCAAUCACACGAACAACAACAGCAGCGAAUUAAAUUUACACGACAUCAGCACCACCAACAACACCACACAAUACCAUCCUCAGCCACAUAUACCCAUCUACCAUCAGCAAAUGGCCAUUAAUCCCGCUGUGCUGGCCGCCCAAAGUGGCAUGCAACAUGGUGUGCAUAGCAAAAUGAAUUUGUGUGGCUACGAUUCUUUUUUACAUGCGACCAUUUGCGGUGGCGGCACUAGUCACUCGCCACCGCCGACAUCGAGUGGUGGCAUUGGCGCAUUAACGGCCAACACAUUAGUGCCACAAAUCGUUAGCCACAAUCCACACGCUAAUCAACAACAACAACAACUAAUCGCAACAGUACAACCCAUAAUGAACGCAGUUCCUAGCAGCCAGAGCACACCCGCUAAGGUGUUCCUCAACUCCACCACGCACCAGAUAAAAACCAGCAAAAUAUUGCGCAGCGGCUCUUACUCACAACAACACACGCCGCUGCACAGCCUCACCGCGCAGAACUCACCACAAUACAACGGUUAUCAGCGGCUCUCAUCUUCCAAUUCGCAUCACAGUCACAGUCACGGACAUGGACAUGCCCAACUUGGACAUCAGCAGCUACACCAACAAUGCGCCAACAAGCUGGCGGCUUUGAGUUUCGCCACGGACGCGCCACUGACGCACAAUGCCCCCGCGGAGCACAUCGAGAAGUGGCUGAAGCAUAAUAGCGCGAAGCAGCAACGCAAAGAGAGCGCCGCGAAAUAUGCCGACAACGCACUGUACGCCAAGCUGAGCGAGAAGCUGCAAGAGAGCGCGCUAAGCACGCACAAUCAACGCGAAAAUGUGCAACGUCGCAAGCACAAGUCCGCGCAUAAGUUGCGCACGUCGACCGCGCGUCAUGCGUCCGCCGCGCCAAUGCAGAGCGCAUGUGCGACUAACGGCAUACAUUCGAGCAGCUCGAACACGAGCAUCGGCACCUACGCCGCGCUCAUACCAAUACACGGCGACCCAGCGGAAUGUGAGAAUCUCAUCGCGCCGACCACCACGGACGACGAGGCGGUGAAUGAGGCGCCAAGCGCGCUGUUUUACGUGGCGUGCAAAGCUGCCGCCACCUCGACGCCGAAGUCGAAAGCAACGGUCAACGCCGGUGUGGAGCCAGCCAGUCAGGAAAGCAAUGUAGCCACCGCCAAAUUGGUGGACCUAAACGAUGAGACGGAAUUGGUGGCUGUGGAAGCUGUUGAGGGCGCGUUGGAAGAUCCGGAUGUGACUUUACGCGUGAGCGAUGCGGCAGAGGUCGAAGAGUUGGAAGCAGAGGAGGGUGAAGAGGAUGAGGAGGAUGAAGAGGCAGAGACCGAGGGUAGUGGCGGUAGUGCGGCAAAUACGAGCGGCGCUUCGUCGUUGAUACACCGUUAUGUGCACGAGCACAUACACCAUCACUAUCAUCACUUUGAGGAAAAAGACGAAUAAAUAAGUUUCAAAAUUAUUUAAGUGAAAAAACAACAAAAAAUAUAAUGUAUGAGAUUAGGUUCAUUGACUGAGCCAGUGUUAGACUAAAAUUGUAUAAUUGUUUAGCGUAUUAUAAUUACAAAAAAAAACUUAGGUAUAUAUAUAGUAAUAACAAAAACAAAUCAGCGUUUAAGUGUUGCUUAGCUGUAAUAUAUAUUAAUGUUAUCACGCAUACUUUAGCGAAUUUCACACAACAAACAUUUGCUGUUGAUUACAAAGCUUAAAGGCCUAAAAGUAUGCUAUGAAUGUUAUGCUUAUGCUGUUAAUGACGCAAAGCGCGGCUAUAAAACUGGGAAUUUAAUACAGAGCCGGCAAAGUGAAGGUGCAUUUAUAUAAUUUCAAGUAAAAUUCUUUAAAAAAAAUCAUAAAAGCACACAAAGUACUUCUUUGCAAACAAACCCCGCAAAAAUGUUUUAAAACUAUUUCAUUAACAUAUUUUUAUUAGUUAUUUGUUUAUACUGCCCACAAAUAUCUCACACAAAUUUGAAAUAUUUUAAUGUCGUGAAAGUGUUGCCAACAUAUCCGCGUAAGCAUAUCAAAAUUGCUUUAAAACAAAGCUGUCACACAAUAACGCUUCAAAAAAUUUUAACCUACAGUUCUUUGCAAAAUAUGCUGGUAAACCAUUAGUAAGCAUUGAAAAAAUUUUAAUUAUGAUAUUCAUCCAUUCCUCUUCAACAUUAAAAUAAAAAAUAAUUCAAAUUUCAUUUUUUAUUUUUAAAUCAUAUUUAAUGACAAAAUUUCAAUUUCAAUUAAUUAGAAAGCUUUUAAAAUUUUAAUUGCAUAGUUUUUAGUAAAAAUGAUAUUAAAGACGACACAUUUUGCGCACAGCACUGUAGCAAAAAUGAAUUUGGUUAUUUAAUAAAAAAACUUUUGUUUGAACCAUU